CGGAAACAUAUGAGGAGAAACCCAGUGGGAAUUGGCUAUACCAGCUACCGGUGGGUCGUCUCCCACCCUGCAGAAUGUCGGUACAGCUUUAAAAGGUUUCACGUCAUGCACAUUAUCCGGUUGAUUUACAUACAUUACGCCUCCCAUUAUGGGCGAGACGUGAUAAUCCAUCGACUCUGAGCUCACCAAAAAAAAAAAAAAAAAAAAAAAAAAAAAAAGUUUGGGUGAGUGAGUUUUAAAGUGAGACGGGUGCCCCGAACUGCACUGGAUUAAUAAUACCGGGGUUUUUUUUUCCGGCUCUUUUCUCUGGUUGUGGAUUUACAAGCAUGGACGCUUUGAAGUCCGCGGGCAGGGCCAUCAUACGGAGUCCGAGCCUCGCGAAACAGUCAUGGAGCGGGGGAAAACACAAAAAGCUGCCAGAGAACUGGUCGGACACCCGCGAGACCCUGCUGGAGGGCAUGGUGUUCAAUCUCAAGUACCUGGGCAUGACGCUGGUGGAGCAGCCCAAAGGAGAGGAGCUGUCUGCUGCUGCCGUCAAGAGGAUUGUAGCCACUGCAAAAGCCAGUGGAAAGAAACUCCAGAAGGUCACGUUAAAAGUAUCUCCGAGAGGAAUUAUUCUAUAUGACAGUGCAUCCAAUCAGCUAAUGGAAAACAUAUCGAUAUACAGGAUAUCCUACUGUACGGCUGACAAGAUGCAUGAUAAAGUGUUUGCGUACAUUGCACAGAGCCAGCAGAAUGAAACCCUGGAGUGUCAUGCCUUCCUCUGUACAAAAAGGAAAGUGGCACAGGCAGUUACAUUAACCGUCGCGCAGUCCUUCAGAGUGGCAUUUGAGUUCUGGCAAGCUGCUAAAGAAGAAAAAGAAAAGCGAGUCAAGUCUGGGUCAGACGGUGAAGUCACCAGCAGUUCCCAAUCGGAAAGCUCUACUAGUCUUGCAAGUCUCAAAGGAGGAGAGGUAGCGACCGGAAACCUGUUGGAUUUGGAAGAGGGAGCGAUAGCUGCGUUUGCCACAGUAGGUGCCAGCCACAUCAAUGACCCCUUCAUUGUGCACAACAGCAGCUCCAGCGUCAAUAACAACAUUGUGUGGGAAAUCGAUGAUGGUUUGGAUGAAGCUUUUUCAAGACUCGCUGAGUCUCGUAAUAACCCCCAGGUCCUGGAUAUUGGGGUGACCACUCAGGACUUUCAGACAGACGAGUGCCUCUCUCCCACGGACUGGGACAAAACUGACGUCAAUGCUGCAGACAGAGACGACAUCUUCAGCUUUUGAGGACUAUGGAGCCACCCAGUGGACGCAACCAGUAUUGCAAUGGUGGAAUAUCCCCACACAGCUGUUUUCCUUGGAGACCCCAAUGCUGCCACCCUGUGUAUCUGGGAGAACUAAAACCAAACGAAAUAGAACAAAAAUAGUCUAUUUUGUAACAAGCUCGUAUUGAUAUAAGGGUGCACACUCGGAGGCUGUCAAUCCAAUAUCUUGUCUGCUUCCAGACUUUGCAUACCAAAGCAAUAAUAAACUAACUACCAUUUUUAUCGGUUUGGAGGAGUUGUCUUGUAUAUGCAUUUUUGGUUGUCAUUAAUUUCACGUUUGUAAAUGUGUAUCUCUACCAAAAUCACAGUUUAUGUUUGACUAUUUACGUCACCCUUUUUGGUUAUUUUAUCGAUUCAGAAAGUGUCUACACUUUUUUUUUUAAAUUUUUUAGAAAACACACAUUGGGUGUUUGGAACUUCUAAAAUGAUUAAGUCGGUCACAUCAGGGCAACUCUGAGAAGCUACUGCCAUUAGUCUGCUUUAAAACCAAAGUUAUUUUAGGUUGCAAUACCUUCAAAGAUAAUGUAUCAGACUGUAUGAGAUUUGAAAAAAACGCUUCUUCAGUGUCUGUUCUGUUGUACUUUUUUAAAGUAACUCUCGUUCAUAUUAUGCACAGACUUUAUCACUUCAAGUUUUGUUUUCACUUUUGCUUCACAUCAUUUGAUGUAAUAUCCUGACGUUUCAAUAGCAUUACACAUAUAAGACCAUAAUUCUAUCCGAACAGUGACUGUCAUUUCAUAUUUGUUGAUUCUGGUUGUUUUUCUCUUGUUUUGUGUUUUUGCCAAGAUGGGGUUCAUCCCAACAUCCUAUGCAUGAGUUUAAAAAAAGAAAAAAAAAAAAAAGUCAUGGAAACCGUGGUGGAGAGCCGGGUAGCCUGUUACAGCAGCAGUGGUAGUAGCAGACUUAUCGGCAGCACAAAGUUCUUUUGCACUUACACGUUUUUAAAAGCACAUUUUGUAUGUUUUCAGGGAGAUGGGUUUCUCACAGGAAAUACAGGUGCUGCUGUAGCUCCCCAUACUCUUUGCUAUUUAUGUUCUUUCUCUUCAGUGUUACUCGUUGCCCUAGUCAAUUGCUACUCCCUGUGCCCGUGUCAUGUUGUAUUCCUAGAACAUUGAAUAAAAUACAAAAUGAAAGUGA